UUUUGAUCAUACUUGGUAUAAUCUAUGUUUGCAUGUGUAAUAGUUUCCUCAGCCAAAUGGGAAAGAGUGCUCGCCUCACAAACGAUUAUACUUUGAGACGUGAACCAACAUGUUAUUGGACAGCAGGAAUGUGGAGCAUGUGUUUCUCUGUCUGUAUAAUCCCUCCACAGUGAGUUUCUGAGCUCAGUUACCGAGCGGAGCCGAGCAGCAGCGGACCUGAUGGAGUGCCGGGAGACCGCCGUUUCCUACCUGAGCUGGGUUCUGAUUGUCGGGGGCGUGGCUUACCUGUGGAUCCAGACGCGGAUCCAUGCGGCGUACGGCCGCUACGUGAAGGCGACGGCUGGCUGCUCCUAUCCGGCCAGACUCGGCUGGUUCUUGCAGGAGAUCCCGGCCUUCCUGAUGCCGCUGCUGCUGCUGCUGCUCACCGAGGAGCCGCCGAGGACCGGACCCCCGACCGGCAGGACGCUGCUGCUCUGCACCUUCAUGCUGCACUACUUCCACAGGAGUUGCAUCUACGCCUUCUUGACCAGAGGACGGCCCGUCCCGCUGCACAUCGUCCUCUACGCCAUCAUCUUCUCCUCGCUCAACGGCUUCCUGCAGGGACACAACCUGCUACACUGCGUCCAGCUUGAAGACGCCUGGAUGACGGACGCUUGCCGGGCUGCAGGUUUGCUUCUGUUCGUGGUUGGUUUCACCAUCAACAUCCACAGCGACCACACCCUGCGCAACCUGAGGAAACCUGGAGAGAUCGUCUAUAAGAUCCCCUACGGGGGAAUGUUUGAGUUUGUGUCCGGUGCUAACUUCUUCGGAGAGAUUGUGGAGUGGUGUGGUUACGCUGUAGCCGUGUGGUCUUUACCUGCCUUCGCCUUCGCUUUCUUCACCAUCUGCUCCAUCGGACCCAGAGCCUACCAGCACCACAGAGACUACCAGCAGAGGUUUGAGGAUUACCCUCGCUCCAGGAAAGCUCUUAUUCCUUUCAUACUGUGAGGACUGGGGAGUGUCUGUUAUAAACUUUUUUCCCUUUUUUGUUGUUGUUUGUUUUUGUGACAUCUGUGGUCGUUACAUGAGCUGCCCUCAACGUCCUGCAUGAGACUAUUGCAGGUGAUCUUUUUUUCCUCGCUGACACUUUUCAUAAUUACUUGAAAGAUCCUAACGUUGUGUUUUGCACCAUGUGUCACCCGACUUGCAAACAGCAAACUUUUUUUUUUUUUUACCAACAGUGUUUACUAAACACAGCAUUGCGCUGUGGUUUUAUUGUGAAAUGUGUGAUUAUUACGACACCAGCAGGAAAACAAAGGGGGUAAGCUAUGUUCUUCUGUCACUCUGGAGCUUGUUUUCUGCUGCUUUGUUUAGGAAAGUCUCUACUGAUGUAACUUUUGUCACGAUGCCACCCCCUCACCACCAGAAGGGAGAAAGAAACUAGCAUGUCGCUGCUGGUUUAACAAAGCCUGAAUCUGGACUCUGAACUGAUGAACUUGAUGAAGUUUUGGGUUAAUCUUGAAAUAAGCACUUGUGUGAUGAAUGUAAAAUUCUCUCACCAACAGAGCUCUGAUACUACAAUUCACCAUGGCAACAGAUAAAUAAAGGACAGAGUGUCCAUUUUACACCA